UGAAGAUGAAAAGAAAUUCUCUCUCAUUAAUUGAUGUUAAAUCGUUGGUUCAAUAAGAUGUAAACACCAAGAGAAAAACAUUGAUUCUCAUUGAGAAAAAGAUUCCAAGAGAUGAAAACGAUUGAUUGAUAAAUGGAAAAGGUUAAAUUGUUGAUUUGUUUAGAAAAGAAUAGAAAAAAAGUUAAUCAUUUACCUUAAUUAACUGUUAAUCAGUAGACAGUUUCUUAUAAAUUGUUGUGGGUUCGUUGGUUUAAUGGUUGAUCAAUUUGGUUAAUCAUUUGAUGUUCUUCAUGUUAGUUAACUUUUUUUUUGCUUCUUUUGUUUUCCAAAUUGAUGAUCCAGUUAAAUUGCUACUGAUUGUUAAUGAUUAAGAAACUACAUUUCAUGAUUCUAAUUAUAAUUAACCAUUCAACCGAUUGUAAGAUAAUUAAACACUUUUUUAAAGUUAACAAUUAAUCAUAUUCAUACCAAAAGUGAAGGUUUUUCAUUUCAUUAUCAUGAUUAUCAUUACAAAAGUUAAUUGUGAUGGUUAAAUAUUGGCAAAAAUUGAUUGUUAAUGUUAAUCGUUUCUCAUCUUUAAUUACUUUGGUGGUGAUAAUUGUUAAUUGUUAACUAAUAAUAAUCAUCAUGAUCGAUAACAAAGUUUUUAUCAUGUUCCUUGAUUGUGGUCAAUUGAUUAAGAUUUACCAGUAAAUUGUUAAGACAAAUAAGAUAACAACAUUUGCAAUUAAGAUAAGAUUUUAAUUUGCAUUUAAUUGCGACAAUUAACUUACUGAUAAUUUAGAUUAUCAGUGUUAUUUGUUUACGAAUUUGAAUUUAAUUCAGUUCAGUUCAGAUCAGAUCAUGUCUACGAAGCUUCAGCUGAUUGAAGAUCCGCCUUUUUAUUGAUCUUUUUUUCUGGUUACCUUUUAAUCAAUUUUGUUAAUAAUCAUAUGAAUUAAUUGAUUACCUUUAAUCAUGGACAAGAAUGAAAUCAGAUUGAGUCAAUUAUGGACAAAUCAUAAAUCAACUGAUGAUAAUCAACAAUCAAGUUUCUUUGAUGGAUCAAAUGAUUUAAUCAAAUCUCGUUUUUUUACCAUUUUGGUUUUCACUUUAAUCUUCAUUGUUUCUCUUAAUCUAAUCCUUAGUUUAUGGAUAAUCCACUCACUUCAAAUUGCAAAUGGUGGACUGGGUGAUGGUAAUUUAUUGACCACAAUUAAACGGAUGACGGUCAAAGGACAUGCUAAAUUCAAUGGUUGGUUAACUGCUGAAGAGAUUAAUCCAGUUCAUCGAGAUCAAUGGUUAUCAAUUGUUGGCUCUGAUGAUCAGAUACAAUUAGUUGAUUAUGAUCAAGGUGAACACGAUGAAACUAAAUCCAAUGGAUUUACAAUGAACAAGAAUACAAUUAAUUAUCAAGGUCCCAAUUUAAUUGUUAAAAAAUUAACCAAUACAAGUAAAGAGACACAAUUUUCAAUCAACUCUAAUCAACUGACCACUGAUUCAGUAAAGGAAUUGAAAUCAACUGAUUGGGGGCUAGUGGUUAAUGAAGUUUUGGAAACAACUUCAAUCAAAGGUGAUCAUCAUCAUGACCUCAGAUUGGAAUCACGUAUGAAAGGAUUAACCAUGGAAGCGAAAUCAGAAAAUUUUACCGUACGAUCUAAAGUUGGAGAGAUUAACAUGAAUUCAUUGGUAGAUUUGAGUCUAUCAGCGAUUAAAUCGAUAGAAAUUGAUUCUUCACGAAUUCAAUUUAGGUCACUAAUCAAGCGACAUCGACACAAUCAUCACAAUCAACACUCAGACAAUGGAAUCAAUCAGAAAGGUUUCAUUGGAUAUCAUUUGUGUACCUGUGAGAAUGGGAGAUUAUUCUUGGCCCAUGGAGAUAAAUCAUGUUACCUUUCACCGAAAAAAUGUUCACCCAAUGAAAAAACUGAAGAGAAUAAAAAAACGGAAUAAAAUCAAAAGAGUAAAUUAUUGAUCAGAAA